GGCACCAUAGCAGCUAGAGUAGUACUAGAGAGGGAGAGAUUGGGCGGAGGCCAGGGAUACUUACCUGCAGCGCCAUAGCUCCAGCUUCACCUUCGAGGUACCUGCAGCACAGCGCCAUCUUCACAGGAAACAACAUGUCAUAUGCAGUUGAUAGUGGCAGAUGAUCAGGGAGGCACAAUGGACAUAAGGGCAGUGCCCUGUUACUGGAACACAUUUGUUCUUUUGACCUGUGGUCAUUGCAGUCGAUUGCAGAGGGGUGAACCAGAGGUGCAAUAUCUCUGAUCUGCCUUCUGGCGAUUGGGAUCUGGCAGUAAUUCGAUCAGAACUAUUUCUUGGAACAUAUUCUGCUGCCGCGAUCUGAUUACUGAUCGUCCUCUCACAUCGUAGUCUUUGUGGUCUCAUUUCAGCCCUGCAGCUUAUCUUUGUGCUUCCCUAGUCCUCCACAUUUUUUGGUCUCCCUUCUGUCUUCCUGUCUAUCUGUCUGUCCGUCUGUCUCUCUGUGCCCCAUUUUAGUUGCUCCUUUUAUUCUCUCUCAUUUCCUUCCUCUUUGUUCUGUCUCUGUUUGUGAAAACGCACUCAGUAAACAAUUAUAUUUCGAGAGAUUUCACUGCUCACCGUCAGUCAUAAGAUUUCCAAGAUCAUAUAUGUUUUUCUUGUUGAAGAGGGAAGUAUUGAUUUCUCUUUUCUGUUUAUUAGAGCCAUCUGACAUGUCAGCCUUUUUAUCUCUGCUGUUCUGGUUCAUCAUAGAAGUAUGCCCUGCAACUGGUAGUUUCCCGUGUAUAUGAUAGUGAGAAGUGUUUAUGUCCACAACACGUGUGUGCUAUAUGAUUAAGAGGCUGCCAUUACUGUUUUUGUUCCAAUUGUGAUGGAUGCCAACAUGGGAGGGUAAGCCCUUGCCCUUUCUCUGACCACCUGUAUAGUUCUGGUAGCUCCUGAGGACUGGCAUUCUCCAAGCGGCAGUUAAGUUCUUCUCCAUCUCUUCCUCAUCUCCUUCAAAUGUGGUGUUUGGAUUUUACUGGAUUACUCUCACAACAUCCAUAUAUCCAUGGUGAGCCGUAUGCCACCUCCAGAUUUGCUGCGCAAUGGAUGUGGCAGUAGAGUAAGAUCUGAGCUGAAAGGCCUUGCCUUGUUUUCAGCAGCUGUUUGGUUAGCGUUCUAUUCUGACUUUGGGACGUUCGUUAAAUUCAACUGGAUUCUCCAUUAUCACUGGAUUUCAUGCUCUCUGUGCCUUGCAAACCACUGCAUUGUUUCUGCUAUGGGAUUGUGCUGUGGUGCAACAUCAUCACGUGCCUGGUAGUUCAUGUCGGGUGCUCCUGGACCUGAUGUUUUGUCGCUUUGGUGCGCAUAUGUGACAGUAUAUGUCUAAUUUCCUCGCCUGACCAUGUACUGAAGGUUUUCAUACGCCUUAUUUCUUUCACUUUGGGCUGGUCUGGCAGCUGGUCUUGACGAGGGGGCUGACUACAGCCAAGAUCAGAAUCACUUGGCUGUGGAGAACGAAAGGGAGGUUGAUCUAUCUGGUGAUGCCAGUGCUUGCUGGAUCAUCUAUAGACCUGUGGUGCAGUUAGGUCCUUGCCCUUUUGUCGACAGAAAAGGGACUUGUGGUGGUGAAGGUGGUGUAUGUACAGGUUGACAAGUAUAUUUUUUCGAGUCUCCAAAGCAGUUUUCCCGAAGAGGGGCUUGGGGGAGGGGGCUGGGGUUGCAGAAGAAUAUAUCUCUGUUUGUGGGAUUUUUCCGGGGAUGGAGAACAUAUCGGGGAGCAGGUGCCCCUUGAUGACUCCGUUGCUUGGGUCUCAGCCACAAAUCGCUGUGGAAGGGACAGGUAGCGAUGGCGUUGUGAUGAACAAUGUUUCCCCCCAUGAUGGGGGUCGUCUGCAGCAGAGCACCAGGGCAAUGAGUACAAACCGGCGGAUAGGGGAGGCAGCAGUAAGCCUUCGGAGGUCGAGUAAUGGCCGAUUCAUGAGCGAGCAGUCUCUAGCAGUACGUGAAACUGCAGCAGAACACCUGGAAGAGCGGCAAAGUGACUGGGCUUACUCGAGGCCUGUGGUCGUGCUUGAUCUGUUGUGGAAUCUUAUCUUUGUUGUUGUUGCAGGAGUUGUUUUGGUCAUUGCGAGAACUGAGAAGCCCCCAACGCCCCUCCGCGUGUGGAGUACCGGCGAAGACAGCAACGAGUUGGCGCUGCCAUUCUUGGUGGUGCCAGAGGAGGUUCACGAGGCUCUUCUCGGGUUGCUGGGACUGGUGCACGAAGGAGAGAGGGCUUUGAAAAUGCGGACAACGUUCGGGCUAGUAGAGAUGGACAUUCAGAUUCAGAUUCAAGUUGGGACUCGGAUUCCGAUUCAGACGAUGUUACAGAUGGUGCAAGAUGACGACGAUUGUACACGUGUACACGUGCCAGGUGGCGUGCAGGUUGCUUUCUCUACUUUUUGUCUUGGCGGGGAAGCAAAGGAAUGGGUUUUGGCCGAAGCCAAUGCGGCAGGGUUUGAAGACAUUGGGGAGUGGGCUGGAACUUUGAACUUGAAGCAGUUCCUUAAGGAACACUUCUUGGACAAAACGACGGCGGACAAGACCUUUGACAAACUCACCACAAUUGGUCAAAAACAUUGGACCUUUGUGGACUCGCUGUCUCGAGAAGUUGAUCGGUUGCCGCAGGUUCCGGGACUGAACCUGCAAGACAACCAAGUCUUGUACAUCUAUUCCCGUGCUCUGCCCGAGCCCAUUCGUGGACAACUCGUGGCAGAGUCAAAGUCAGGUACUGGUAAGCGGAUACUUUGGCGCCAAAAGCGCCAGGACCACACCCUCGCCGUCUUUGAUGACGAUACUGUGGAGAAGUGGCCAUUGGAGGUCGAGGGUGUGGCAAGCAGCAGAGAUUCCGGGAAGUGGGAAGUCACUACUGCCGAUCAAAAAGGGAGAGUAAAGUUGGUGGACGCUGAUGGAAUCGUGCGAGGUCCGAUCGCAAUGCCAGAAGAUAUUACCAAAGCGUUGGAGAAAAGGGAAUUGGCACGGCUGCAAAUGCCAAAGGUCGAGAUUUUCCUGUUCAAGGGGGAAAGAGUAUCAGGGUGGCUUGAACUACUAGAGCAGGUUACGAUUGAGGCUUAUGAGCCAUAUAAGUUUAAAAUGAUGCCUCGAUAUGUCUGGUGGGAAAUCCGUCCAGAGGUCAUGAAGGAGUGUGGGCGAGCUUUAAGGAAGGGAUGCAAAGUUGAUGUCCUUAAGCUCAACAAGCAAGUCAGACGAACCCACAGCCAAGCCAGUCAGCACUUCAAAGAUCUCAAGGGAACCAGGGUGGCGGACGUGGUCAAGGCCAAGGAUGGGGGUGAGGUAGAGGAAAUGGAGGUCGUGGGGAGGUGGAAGAGGAAACGGUGGUGGAUCCUUGAGGGUCAUAAUCACCUUAAUAACCUAAAGGAUGUCCUGGCUUCAACCCCUAGGUUUCGAGACGAGCUCAAAGCUCGGCUAUCCAAGAAGGUGGUGUCUAGCCUGCGCCUAGGAGCUAUAAUUCCCAAGGAAGCAGAAUGGGCAGAAACGGGCACCAAAAUGGAUUGGAAGUUUGUGGCAUGUGGGUGCUUUGAAGUGAUUGUCAAAGGGAAACCGUGUACAGCAAUGGAUAAUGGUGGAUACAGGUGCAUAAAGGAGGAACAUGCUUUGCACCUAGGGAUGGAGAUUGAUCGCUCCGACAAUGGAGUACUUAUGGGAGCGAAUAGUAGGUCAGUAAUUGUGGCGACCGCGUGCAGCGUGGUCGUGGAGAUUAGGAAAGUAAAGGAGGAUGUCCACCGCGCUGACGGCGGGGGGAGAGAGAUCGAGGUGACUGCGUUGCGGCGGUGUAAGCCGGGGCCGUUGCAGGGGCAGAGGUGGGAAAAGGCUGUGGGCCGUAGCUGUUGGCGGAUGGAUCAGCAGACGAGGAGAAAACAGGGGCCAGCAGCUGUCCAGGAAUGGCUAGGUAAGAGGGGAGAGGAUGAGGAGUCAGUCGAGGGAAGGGUUGACACCUCCAUGCAAGAGGACCCAGAGAGCGGCCAGAAGAGCACGGGUGAAUGCAACAGGAACUCCCCAAGGGCCUUCUCAGCUCUAGUUGCAAAGAUACCAGAAUCUGCAAAACUCAGAUCCGGGAUGAUCUGGAAACCUUGGAGAACGGUGAAUGAGGUUCCCUACAGCAUUCUGGCAGACGUAGGGGUAUCACCGGAGUUGUUGGCCACAACCGUUGCCCAUAUUGUCACAACAGGGCUGUUGGAGGGGGACGAGGAUGUGGACGCAAAUGCAUACGCUACUGAUUGUGAAAGAUUCUACAGAAGUGACGCUUCAGACUGCGAAUCAUGGAUGGGGAUGAAAGGGAAAAGCUGGACCUGCCACGUCGGCAGACCACGUCAGCAGGCCAUGUCAGCAGGCCACGUCAGCAGACUACGUCAGCAGGCCACGCCAGCAGGCCACGUCAGCAGUGCCACGUCAGAAGCAGGGAAUACCACCUCAGCAGGCCCUGGCAGGCCACGUCAGCAGGCCACGUCAGCAGUGCCACGUCAAAAGCAGGGAAUACCACCUCAGCAGGACCCGGCCUGGUCUAUGCUAUUGCGUUCACAAACAGCCGUCAUGGACCAGAGGUCCGGAGAAGCAGACGAGGCCUAUCACGCCCGGAUGCUGGCCUGGAGUACCGAAACAAAGAAACGGGCAGAUGACGCAGCAGCAGCAACGAAGAAGAAGCGAGAGGACGCUGAGCAGGCACGUCUACUGGCAAUUGAACAACAGCGCCAGCAUGACGAGGCAGCGGCAAGGGCUGCCGAUGAAGAAAGAACUCACGGUCGUGAGAAAAUAUUUAGUGGAGAGCAGACCUUGCUCACAAUGGCAGCGGAAUGGCGGACCGAGGCCGAGAAUGGCAAGUUGGAGGAUAUCGAAAACAAGAUCGCUCUCCUCCUCUCCCAUCUCACGGACCUCCUGGCGACAUGCAUUACGCAGCAGGAGGAUAUCCACAGCCUUGACGACUCGCUGGCUCAAGUCCAAGACCGCCUCCGGCAGUUGGAGCAGCGACCUGUCGCCGCCCUCGAUGCAAGCUCUUCCAACACCUCCGAUCACCUCGCAGCAUUGGAGAUGCACGUCGACUCCCUAAAGGACGGCGUGCAGUUACAACAGACCGCAACGCAACAGCUGGAACAGCGGAUCUGUACUACCGCCAACACAUCCAGUUUGGAACCGUGUGAGACAGCUCCAAAGUUUGACGGGCAGGAGAUCUUUUGCGACUUGAUGAAGAUAGAUCCGGUUCCAUGGUUCCGCAAGUUCGAGCUCACACUACAGCUACACAACGUCAAGGAACACAAGCACCACACAUACUUAUACUCUCGCUCAGGUGGCGCGUGCCAGGCUUGGUUGGACAAUCUCUUGUCCAAGUACGGAGUGGUAGCUGCCGACUUGCACACCAAGAUCAGUUGGGAUGAUCUGAAGGCGGCGUGGCACAAGCGGUUCCAAGUCGAGCCGCCCGAGAUCAAGGCUAUGGACAAGCUCAUGGUCUUCGAGCAAGGCACGCUGCUGAGUACCGACUGGAUCGCCGAGUACCAACGCUUGACGUCAGUCCCAGACAUCCAGAUGGGCUUCAAAGCCAUCUGCCACUAUUUCAUCUCAAGGUCCUGUCCGACAUUAAGUAAUGCCCUGACUCACGUCGAGGACAUCUUGACGGCGACGGCAGAACUCUUUGACAAGGCCGCGCAGAUCAUCAUUAUGAACAAGGAGGCUAAGAACCUGCGUUCGUCUGCGGCAGGCUCGAGCAGAGGCCAGCAUCGGCCAAGAGUGGUCGUGGUUGCGGAAGCGCAUGUGGAAGUCGAUAGUCCUCCUCUUCUACUUUCUUUUGAGGACUAUGCUGCCCGUCUCGUUCCUACGCUGGGUACUCAAGCUCAAGGACAAGACGUGUGUGCGGCAUCUUCUCCGUUCGGCAGCGGCGACUUAUCGUCUUCCAGUGGUUCUUCACGGGAUUCGGCGCGCGAGUUCAACAUAGAGGUAUUGCACCCGCUCACGUCCGAGGACUUUGCAUGGCUUCCUCUCCCGACCACAGGCCGCUUGCCGGGCCCGCAAUGCGCAGCACUAUGCGCUCAUCUCCACACUUACUUAUCCUUCUAUGCACCACCAACUUCGCCGACGGAUGACGAAGUCGCGGUGGGGGACAUCCUUGCGUAUACUACCAAGGUGGCCCGCGAGUUUCGCACGCAGCGGUACGAUGACAACAAUGCACCGCUCAUGUAUGUCCGCAUUCAAGUUGGGCAAGCGUCCUGCAGCACUUUGCUGGAUAGCGGCGCGUCUCGCAAUUUCAUGAGCCAAUCCGUUAUGCAAAGGGCUGGCCUUGGCGCACAAGUUCGAAGGAAGGCAAACCGGACGACAAUCAAGUUGGUGGAUGGGAAAACGCAGCAACUUCUCGACCGUUACAUCGAGGCCGUACCGGUCUACUUCGCACCUCAUGCAUGCGAACCGGUCACGUUCGAUAUUCUCGACACAGACUUUGACAUUGUUCUGGGAAUGCCUUGGCUUGCAAGUGCGGAUCACACGGUCAACUUCCAYCGGCGGACUCUUAGCGUUCGUGACGCCUUCGACGCGGAAGUGGCGUGUACUAUUCCUUUACGGCACCCUUCGAUUCGGUGCCAAGUGGUGACGGCCAAAUCAUUCCGGGCGACUUGCGCUUACGAGCAGCCCGAGGAAAUCGGCCUAUGUUUCCUACGGACCGUCGUGGUAGCCGACUCUUCACCCACGGACUUGUCUUCGGACCCCCGGGUGGUGCGGUUGCUGGACGAGUUCACCAACAUCUUCGAGUCACCUACCGGUGUGGUGCCAGAUCGGCCGAUCUCUCAUGAGAUCAUUCUUGAGGCCGGUGUCGUGCCGCCUAAAGGUUGCAUCUAUCGGAUGAGCGAGGAGGAGCUCGAGGUCCUCCGCGCACAACUCGACGACCUGUUGGACAAGGGCUGGAUCCGCCCUAGUAGCUCCCCAUAUGGAGCAUCAGUUCUCUUCGUCCGGAAGAAGAACAAGGAUCUACGAUUAUCCAAGACACCGUCAACAGCAACGGCGCUCGAUGGAUGGCUUUCAUCGACCAGUUCGACUUCUUUCCCGAUCACAUUCCCGGGAAGUCGAACCGUUUUGCGGAUGCUCUUUUCACGGUGUCCGGAUCAUUGUACCGCGGUCUACUCAACCUUCGAGAUCGACGAUGACCUGCGGAACAACUUCAUUCGCGGCUACCGAACCGACGCCGAGUUUCACGACAAGUAUGCGAAUUGCUCCUCUCCUAAUCUUCCGCCUUCUCAGUACCGGAUUCAAGAGGGGUACUUGCUUGUCCACACACGGGGGAAGGACCUUCUUUGCGUACCGAGUGAUCCUCACUUGCGUACACGACUUCUUGGCGAGUUCCACGAUGCUCCCGCCACCGGACACUUUGGAGUCAAUCGCACGAUUGACCGACUUUGGUGGCCCGGCCUUCUCGGCGACGUCACAUGCUAUUGCGAGUCAUGCGAGGUUUGUCGACGCUGCAAAUCCCGCAACCAUCGUCCGUACGGCGAGUUACGACCAUUACCGGUCCCGUUGAGGCGAAGGGAAGCGAUUGCCAUGGACAUUACCGGCCCGUUCCCCAAGCACAAGACUGGAGUGGAUGGGAUUCUCACGGUGGUCGACGGACUCACCAAGAUCGCCAUGUUUUUGCCUUGUCGCUAUCAUGCCAAGUCACCGGAGUUGGCCGAGGUUCUUUACGCCGGUUGGAUUCGAACCAAGGGUUACCUCAAGGAGAUCGUUUGCGACCGCGACACUCGAUUCAUGUCCGAUUUUUGGUUGGCGCUCAUCAAGCGAUGGGGCUCAUCUCUCAAGCCCAGUUCAACUCGCCACCCUCAGACCGAUGGUCAGACAGAGAGGGCGCAUCAGACCGCACAGGUUCUCCUUCGCACUCUCAUCCGCCCCGACCAGAAGGACUGGGUUGAGCGGCUGCCGGAUGUCGAGUUGGCCUACAACUCCUCUAUCCACCCGGCUAUCGGGAUGUCGCCCUUUGAGUUCGAGCACGGCUCGUCGGUCACUUCACCGUUGGACAGUACUACUCCACGAACGGCCGAGAGCGACGACCAUUUUCUUUUCUUGCAUCGGAUGCAAGAGCUUCUUGUCAAGGCAUGCGACCAAAUGGCUAAGAUGCAGCAGCGCAUGAGCCAGCAGGCCAAUCGCCGGUGUCUUCCUUGCGCAUUCCGCGCCGGCGACCUCGGAAUUGGCGACGCAGGUGGGCUAAGAGAGGACAACCUUCCUUUCGAUAUAGUCCUAGGAAUUGACUGGGGAGAGGCAGUCGGGGCCACACUCCAUUUGAUAGAGCACGAGUGUAGGCUCCCUAGUCCGUUAGGCGGGGUCAAGACUGCCCGUUUGUUCCACGUGUCGGGAGUAGAUAACUCCCUGGCACAUUGCUGCCUUAGCGCUCCUGCGUUUGCAAGAUUAGUGAAGGAGGAACAGCUAGAAGAACAGGUCUUUGUAGCCUAUGUCAGGCCAGUUACUGAGCCUAAAGAGGAAAAACCCAUAGAUUCUGCUAUUGCCAAGCUGUUGGAAGAGUAUGUAGAUUUAGCUAAGCCGCCUGCAGGAGUAGUCCCGUGGCCCAUCCAACACCGCAUUGAGAUAGAGCCUUGCAGUAGGACUCAUAAAGGAGCAGUGUAUAGGAUGUCCCCGCGGGAGUUGGAGGAGCUGCGCAAGCAGUUGGACGAGCUCCUAGAGAAGGGUUGGAUUAGGCCCAGUUCGUCUCCAUUUGGAGCACCUGUUUUGUUUGUCCCCAAGAAAGAAGGAGAGCUUAGAAUGUGUAUAGACUAUAGGGGUCUCAAUGCGAUUAUAGUGAAGAACACGGAACCUCUGCCCCCUAUAGAUGACCUUUCAGAUCGGGUGCAGGGUUGCAAGUAUUUUUCAAAAAUAGAUCUGAAGUGCGGAUAUCAUCAGAUAGAGGUCCAUCCCGAUGAUCAGUAUAAGACCGCAUUCCGGACUAGAUAUGGUCACUACGAGUUCAUAGUUAUGCCCUUCGGACUAACCAUCGCGCCAACAACUUUUCAGCGUUGUAUGAAUGACUUGUUUAGGCCGUGGUUGGACAGGUUUGUAGUAGUCUAUUUAGAUGACAUUCUAGUGUUCAGUAGGACCCUCCAGGAGCAUGAGGGUCAUCUAAGGCAGGUCUUGGAGAGGCUCAGAGAGGCAAACUUCAAGAUCAAUGCGAAGAAGUGCGAAUGGGCAAAGACCCAAGUUUUGUAUUUAGGCCAUGUCUUAGACGGAGACGACAUUAAACCAGAAGAUAGUAAGAUUGCAGCGAUUAGAGAUUGGCCUACACCCCGCACGUUGACAGAGUUGCGGUCGUUCUUAGGCCUAGCUAAUUAUUACAGGAAGUUUGUGAGGAACUUUUCCACCAUCGCUGCUCCCCUUCACAGGUUGCUAAAGAAAGAAACAAUCUGGAAGUGGGAUAAGGACUGCACGUCUGCCAUGAAGAAGUUGAAACAGGCAUUGAUAGAGUACCCAGUCCUUAAGGUAGCCGAUCCGUCCUUACCUUUCGUUGUCACCACUGACGCGAGCCAGUAUGGUAUAGGUGUUGUAUUACAGCAGGACGAUGGCAACGGAUAUAGACCCGUUGAGUUCAUGUCUGCUAGGAUGUCUUCAGAGAAGGUAGCGACAUCUACCUACGAGAGGGAACUCUACGCUCUCAGGCAAACAUUGGAACACUGCAAGCACUACUUGCUUGGGAGGCAAUUCAAAGUUUACUCAGACCACGAGACAUUAAGGUGGCUGAAGACGCAGGCCAAGAUGACACCUAAGCUUACUAGGUGGGCCGCAGAGUUAGACCAACAUGACUUUGAGCUUAAGCCAGUCAAAGGGAAGUAUAAUGUAGUUGCAGACGCUCUGAGUAGGAAAGCUGACUAAUUUGGAGCGAUAGUUUAUUAGCUGGAUAUAGGGAGAGACCUGCAAUAGAAAGUUAGAGAGGCGUAUGCGCAGGACCCUAUCUAUAGUGACCUCCUCAAGAGAGUAAAGGAGGCCCCAGAGU